AUGGGACUAGGGAAAACUCCGGUCGAAAGUCAUCCAAAAAGGAAUCGAGAAAUGAAACAAGAGGUUAAUGAGGAAGUCGUUAGUGCUGGUCAUGAAAACGGCGACAUCUUGGAUGCAUCUUUGUUUGAGGGCUCGCAGGACUCUCUCGAUUCCUCCAAAUUUCCCAUACCCGAAGAUGAUCCUAUGCUCAAUAGUUCUGGAAGUGUUACUAUUAAUCUCAGUGAAGAUACCGGGUGGGACCCCGAUAAAACUGUGACGGAUAGUAAUAACGACCUUAAUGAUGACGGUUCUGGUGAAACUGAAGCUGGUUCUGUUGUUAACACUGCGAUUUAUAGUUUUCCUGAUGAUGACAACUUUGUCGACACCUCUUCUAUUGAUAUCGACGAAAUCUCCUCGGAGAUCAUGUCAAUCUUUGCGGCGUGGUUGUUUUCAUAG